AUGCCCAAUUCCAACACAACUGAUUUCACCAACCCCUUCACCUUCAUCCUGCAGGGCAUUCCUGGCCUGGAGGCUGCCCAUGUCUGGAUCUCCAUCCCCUUCUCCGCCAUGUACGCCAUAGCCAUCUUGGGGAGCUUCACCAUCCUGUUCAUUGUGAAGAGGGAGCCGAGCCUCCAUGAGCCCAUGUACUAUUUCCUCUGCAUGCUGGCUGUCACCGACCUGGUCAUGUCCAUGUCCAUCAUGCCCAAAAUGCUGAGCAUCUUCUGGUUCAAUUCCAGGGAGAUCGAUUUCAGUGCCUGCCUCACCCAGAUGUACUUCAUUCAUUGCGCCUCAGAGAUGGAGUCUGGGAUCUUUGUGGCCAUGGCUUUGGAUCGCUAUGUGGCCAUCUGUGAUCCCCUGAGACAUUCCACCAUCCUGACAAACCCCAUGGUGGCCAAGAUUGGCCUGGCCGUGGUGUUGCGCAGUGGUUUGCUUGUAUUGCCCUUGCCCGUCCUGAUAAGGCAGUGGCCAUAUUGCAGAACCAACAUCAUUCCUGAGCCGUUCUGCUUACACGUAGCCAUGGUGAAGCUGGCCUGCGGCGAUACCCGCGCCAGUAGUUACUACGGCCUCUUUGUGCUAUUCUGUGUGAUGGUUCUGGAUACCCCUUCCCAUGCCCCACUUAGUCCAUCAAGACCCAUCUCUUUCUUGACUGGACUUUCUAGUUCAAAACCAGGCACCUGA